AUGUACACAUCCACUCUCCUCCGCUUUCAUCACCGGUCCCCAGCCACCACACGCACCUCCAUCACUCCACCUGCGCUGCCUCCUCCGUCAGAAUCGACGACCAUCAUCACGUCCGCCGCCGCCGCCGCCGCCGCCGCCACCACCACCACUGCCAGAUGUAUUGCUGGCCUUCGCCUCAUAUGCAUUACAGCUAAGAGGCUAGCGCAGCAUCCACUUCACUCUCGCCUCCCACAACCAUCAUCUGCCCAUGUCAUGACGACUGAGGAUGGGCAUCGCGACGGUCACUGA